AUGGCUUUCCAGGACUUGAAUGCAAGAAGACAUAUUGGACUUCAGCAGCUCUCAUCCUUAGCAUUAGCUGGAAGAACACUACUGGGGCCAAUGAAAUCAUGUAAAUUCAUUGUGGAUGAAAGCACCAACCAAAGCAGAUUGAUUUGUUCUGCUGUUAGACUGAUUGAAAGUUUGGAUUUAACUAGUGCUGCUGGACAGCUUCUUAAUGAAACCAUUCAGGCACAAAACAAGGAGUUUAAGACUGGGAUGAGUACUUUGUUGUUUCUUGUUGGUGCGUGGAGCAAUGCUGUACUGGAAUGCCUCCAGCAGAACAUUCCUGUUUCGGCAAUAGUGGCUGUGAUGUCUGAGGGGUUGAACUCUUGCUGUGAGAAAGUCCAGUGUCUUCAAAUAUCAAUACAUGAUGCAAGUGAAGAGCUGUGUUCUAGUAGUGUUAGGCUAAAUGCUUUUAAAAGCAACACUUGCCGAAUUGGAUGCGACGGUCUUCUAAAUCCUCAGAUUUUCCUGGAUUUCCAGAAAGAUAUUUCUGCACCAGAAGUAGUUCCAAUAAAUUCUAGUUCCCUUCAAGAUAAUGAUUGUAAUUUUAACAGGUGCCUGGUUUCACCUCUGGCUGAUUUUGGUUCAAUAGCUUCCCUUGUCAAACCAGCAGGUGACAAAAGUACAUCUGUGAUUUCUGGAAGUGGUGUUAUUGCAUCCAGCUGUAACAAAAAAAAGUUAUCCCAUAGCAGAUACUUCAACAGUCUAGGAAAAAGCCAUUUUCCAAAUCAGCAAGGUAAUUUUCAGGGAUACCUUUCAGGAAAAUCAGCAGAUCCAUGUGAAUGUUACAGUUUAGGACACCUGGCAAUGGCUCUGAGCCAUGGAAAUCAGACAAGUGUGAAACUGCUACAAAGCAUUUUUGCAUAUCAACAAGAAAGAGCAGAAUGCAGUGGCUCUUCCCAGUUUAAUAUCGCAGAAAUUGUGACAUGCUGUUUACUGGGCCUGCCUGAAAGCUAUUCCUGUGUUUCCCCAGGCUUUGUCGCAUUAGUAUCACCAGAACAAGCCACAGUUGUCAAAUACUUCAAAGACAAACUCGUUCGGAUCCUGCUAAUGGAUGGUGACCUAACUGAACAAUAUCGGCACUUAGGUUUUAACAGCCCAUGUAAUGUAAGGACUAUAUUGGAGCACCCUAACAUACAGGAAGGCAGAGUGAGAGACUUGUGGCUAAGCAGUGCAUUAGAUACUCUAAAAAGCUUUGACGUAAACUUGGUUUUGGUUAAGGGAAGCGUGUGCAAAAACUUAAUGGAGGGAUGCAUAGCAAACAGUAUAUUGGUCAUUGGUUCUGUGACUCGGGAUGUGUUGUGUGCCUUUGAGGAGGUCACUGGUGCCCAGCCGGUGACAUACCUCACCCAGCUGAACACUGCUUGUGUGGGGACUGGGGCCCAGGUGGAGCUGUGGAAGGCCUGUGAUGGGCGUGCAAUGGAUCUGGGUGAGCUUGUGCCAGUCAGGAUAAAAGUGCAAGGAAUUCCCCUGAUCACAGCUGUUCUUACCACUACUGUCACUUCGAAGAUGCAGCUCACAGAAGACCGGUUCUGGUCAUUGGUGUAUCGACUCCAUCAUGCUUUGAAUGACGGGAAGGUUUUUCUUGGUGGUGGUGCAGUGGAGCUCUUAUGCCUUAGUCACAGUCAGAUGCUUGCAGAACAACCUUUACAACCAGCAAAUAAAAAUGCUGUGAAAGAGUUUCACAAUCCUUGGCUGGCAACAUCUGCGACAGAGUAUAAAUCAGUUGUGCUCCAAGCGCUAGCAAGUGGCUGGAAGCAGUAUCUUUCAGUGGUUAUGUGUAACACUGCAAAAGCUGCAUCGGAGUUGGAAGCUUAUACCUCCAUUGAUCAUCAUCUCAAAAGAGCAGCUGGCUCUGGCUCUCCCUCAGCAUAUAUAUUGAAAGAGUUUAGAACAGGUGAUCUGCUCAGUGGUGGUUCUGGGCCUUUUGCUGACCACAGAGAGGGUUUAAAGGUUUAUGAUAAUGUUAUGGCCAAGACAGAGGCGUGGUGGAGAGCUCUAGACUUGGUGCUGCUUGUGCUUCAAACAGAUGCUGAAAUUAUCACAGGGCUCAAAAGGAAUCAGCUAUUGAACUCACAUGGCUCAAGUGAAUUUAUGUUUUUAUAG